AUGGGCGUCGUUGGGCAUAUUGCUGGGGUUUUUUUGCAUGAAGCAUCUACAAGAACAAAGGUAAUAGCAUAUGGUGUGGUCGACGAUGCGAGGUUGGAAACGGGGCUGGGUUUGAAGCUUAGAGCUAGGUUGAAGUUUGAGGAUUGGUUAAUUUGCAGAGAAAGGGUCGAGAAGAAAGGGAGAGAGAUAGAAGAAUUGAGAAGCAAAGGGUUGGAACCGUAUGCAUAUAAGUGUGACAGGACUCACUCUGCUAAUCAGCUGCAAGAGACUUAUAAAAAUUUAGAAAAUGGCGAAGAAAUGAAUGGUGAGCAAGACAAUGUAUCAAUAGCCGGAAGAAUUGUGGCUCAUCGAGCAUUUGGAAAGCUUGCAUUUCUCACUCUAAGAGAUGAUUCUGGGACAAUUCAGCUUUAUUGUGAAAAGGCGAGAUUUUUAAGUGAUCAGUUUGACGAGCUUAAGAAUCUUGUUGAUAUUGGUGACAUACUUGGUGCAAGUGGCUCAAUUAAGCGAACUGAGAAAGGGGAGCUUUCUGUCUAUGUGAACUCUUUUGCAAUUCUUACAAAAUCUCUACUGCCCUUGCCAGACAAAUAUCAUGGUCUAACUCAUGUGGAUAAGCGUUACCGGCAACGGUACAUUGAUAUGAUUUCCAAUCCUAAAGUAGCUGAUGUAUUUCGGAAGAGAGCAAAGAUUGUAUCAGAGUUAUGCAAGGCAGUGGAAUCUUUUGGAUUUCUCGAAGUUGAAACUCCAAUUCUAAAGGAAUAG